AUGUCAGAUGAUGGAUUAACACUUCUUCAUUCCUCUAUUAUUAAAGGAAGAUUAGUUCUUGCGAAAUACCUUAUAGACAUGUUAUCUCCGAAAGCUUUAGAAAUAAAGACAGACAAUGGACAGCUUGCAAUCUCACUUGCUGUGAAAUAUAAUAACAUGGAAAUGGUUAAGCUCAUGGUAGACAAGAAUAGAAAAUUGCUACUACUACAAAAUGAAUAUGGCCAUAUUCCAUUUGUUACCUCCUCAAUCUGUGGUGACCAAGAAAUGAUGCGCUAUCUUUACUCAGAGACACCAAUGGAAAAGAUAGUUUAUAACCAAGUACUUGGUGAUAAAUAUGGUGUUAUUCUUGUUACAGCUGCACUUAGGGUUGAUUUAUAUGAUGUUGCUUUGGAUCUACUAAAACUACUUCCAGGAAUAGCUACUGUUGAAGAUAAUAAUGGGAUGACUGUUUUCCAUGUAUUGGCAGCAAAGCCUUCUGCCUUUCUAAGUGGACAUCGGUAUGGCUAUUUCCAAAAACACUUAUAUUGGAGCGCUGGAGUUUGUAGUAAUGGACCAUUUGCAAAAGCUCUCAAAGCAAUAGUUCCAUAUAUAAAACAACUGAGCGAUGAGAAAGUAAAGCAUGAUCAAGCAGUUCAAAUAGUCAAGAUUAUCUGUCCUCAGCUUUCCCGUUUGGAUGUGCGUCAGCUCAGACGGGUAGGAGCAUAUGAUGCUAUUUAUUCCACAACCAUUCAUGGGAUUGUGGAGUUUUUCACGGUGCUUACAAAUUCCAAUCCUUUUUUGAUACAUUACAAAGAUGGAAAUGGAAAUGGUUUAUAUCAGCACGCUGUCAUUUCUCGCCAAGAAAAAAUCUUCAACUUAAUAUCUCAAAUGGGACUACAAAAACAAGGUACUGAACUUUUUGAUAAAGAUAUGAACAACAUCCUGCACUGUGCUGGAUUCUGGAGACCACCGCAACUGAUAAAUGUCUCGGGCGCAGCUCUCCAAAUGCAAAGGGAGAUACAAUGGUUCCAGGAGGUGGAGAAAGUGGUAAAUUUGAAAUAUAGAGAGAUGAAGAACAAGAAAGGUACAAAACCUAAAGAUCUGUUCACAGUGCAACAUAAAACCUUGGUGAAGGAAGGUGAGAAGUGGAUAAAAGAAGCGUCACAAGCGUGUAUGGUCGUCUCAACACUCAUCGCCACGGUAAUGUUUGCUGCAGCUUUCACAGUACCUGGUGGCAACAAUCAGAAUACAGGCUACCCGAUGUUUUUGAAUGCAAGGGCCUUUAUGGUCUUCAUAGUAUCAGAUGCAGUUUCCCUAUUCGCUUCCUGCACAUCAAUCUUGAUGUUCUUCACGCUACUAACAGCACGAUACUCUGAACAGGAUUUCCUCAAGUCAUUGCCUCGGAAACUCAUACUGGGUCUUUUCUUCCUCUUUGUCUCUAUAGCAUUCAUGAUGGCAACUUUCGCAGCCACCCUAAUUAUUGUUCUUCGUGAAAAAAUUCCAUGGGUUUACGCUCCAGUGAUUUUGCUAGCUACCAUUCCUGUUGUCUUAUUUGGAGCUUUACAGUUUCCACUCUUUUUCGACAUAGUUAGCUCCACCUUUGGCCGUGGCAUUUUCCAUAGGAACCGAUCUGUUUUAGAAAAAUGGCAGUUGGUAUGCCAUACAUCUGAUUUGGUUUUGGGACAGAAAGAUGUUGCUGGCGAUCAAGCGCAACUAUCAUCAACUGGUGUUGCUGCUAGGGUCAAUUCUACACACCCAGCGAAUUGUACCGCAUAUGAUAUCCAUUUAAGCUGUGGAUGGUUUGCUUCGGCGAAAUUGAUCAAUCCGCGUGACUUUAGAAGGUUGCGUUUUAAUGAUUGUCUGGUUAAAGAUGGAAAAGAGCUUGAAGCAGGGAUUUGCUUGUCUUUCACAUAUGCUGAAACAUAUCCAUACCCACUGGCAGUUUCAUCGAUUAGAUGUAAAUAA